GCUUCGCUUCCGGUUGUUGCUAACCCCGCCUCCCCUCUGUUGGGAGUCCAUGCCGGCUGGUCGCCAUGGUGCGGUUCCUGCACAUCCAGAACCGGCAACGGGCUCCGCUGACAAUUUGUGGGGAUUGUCCGGCUGUGCAAGCUGAAGCAUCUCCGUAUUCUCUAAUUGACAUCUGCCUGAAUGCCUUGGUUGCUGAUUUAGAAAAGUUCUGUGUAGAGAGACCAGAUGGGUCGUUGUGCCUGAAAGAAUAUGCAAGGCUUCCUCAAGAAGUGUCUGAUCGAUUGCUGCAGACAAUGGCUUACCGAGAGCUGUUGAACGAUGGCACAGUGGGCAUUUUCCAAGGCAACCAAAUGCGCUUGAAGCAAGCUUGCAUCCGCAAAGCAAAAAUCUCAGCCCAGUCGUUCAAGAAGGCCUUUUGCCAUCAUAAACUGGUAGAACUUGAUGCUGCAGGAAUAAAUGACGCUGUUACUAUAGCUGAUGUUGUAAGUGGGCUGGGCAGUAGUACAUGGAUCCAGAACAACCUUCAGUGCCUUGUCUUGGACUCGUUAACUGUUUCUUCUACAAAUCCUUAUGAAAGGUGCUUCAGUCAGUUGUCUGGUCUUCGGUCUUUGAGCAUUACCAAUGUGUUGUUCCAUGAUGAGGAUCUAGCUGAGGUUGCUUCCUUGCCAAAAUUAGAAACUCUGGAUAUAUCUAAUACCUCUGUCACAGACAUAACUGCGCUCCUUACCUGCAAAGAUCGUCUCAAGUCUCUAACUAUGCACAGUUUGAAAUGUUUGAAAAUGUCUACACCAAAGUUCUUAGAUGUCAUACGAGAGCUAAAGUAUCUGAUUCACCUUGACAUCUCAGAUGAGCAGCAUUCCACGUCAGAUAUUCCCUUUCACUUGCUACAGCAAAAAGACAUUCUCCCCAACCUUGUUUCUUUGGACAUUUCUGGAAGUAAAUACAUUACUGAUGAAGCUGUAGAAGCAUUUGUAAAACAGCGGCCAAGGAUGCGAUUUGUGGGAUUGCUUUGUACGGAUGCUGGAUACACAGAGUUCCUUUCAGGAGAAGGAACCUUGAAGGUGGCUGGAGGAGAGAAUGAAACACAGAUUUUAGAAGCCUUGAAACGCUACAGUGAGAGGGCAUGCUUUGUCAAGGAAGCCUUCUUUCAUCUUUUUACUCAGACAUGUUUUAUGAGAAUUACAAAGCCUGAAAUCCUAAAGCUGGUGAUUAUUGGAAUGAGGAAUCAUCCUUUGGACUUGGCUGUACAGUUAACUGCCAGCGCAUGUGCCCUUAACUUAACCAGGCAAGGCCUAGCAGCAGGCAUGCCUGUUCGCCUUCUCUCCAGUGUGAUUCAGUUACUCCUCAAAGCCAUGGAAACCUUUCCUGAACAACAGCAGCUCCAGAAGAACUGUCUUCUUUCAUUAUCUAGUGUAAGGAUCUUGCAGGAUGUUCCAUUUAACAGGUUCGCAGCUGCCAAAUUUGUUGUACAAUGGCUAUGUAACCAGGAAAAUCAACAUAUACAAAGGAUUGCUGUUAAUAUCAUAUCUAUCCUAGCUCUUAAGCUUUCAGACGAGCAAGCUGCACAGCUUACUGCAGAGUUCUACAUUGUUGUUGGGAAACUUCUUGAGAUAGUUGAACAGAAGACAAAUCAGAAUGAAUUGGACACAACUUUUCAUUUUACUUUGAGUGCACUGUGGAAUCUCACAGACGAAUCUCCAACUACUUGUAGGCAUUUCAUUGAAAACAAAGGGCUGGAGCUUUUCAUGCGCGUUUUAGAGACCUUUUCAUCUGACUCUUCUAUACAACAUAAAGUUCUUGGCCUUCUGAACAAUGUAGCAGAAGUGAGAGAACUACAUUCCAGAUUAAUGCAGAAGGACUUCAUAGAUCAUGUUAAUGAAUUACUGAACAGUGGUGAGAUUGAAGUUGGUUACUUCUCAGCUGGGAUUGUCGCCAAUUUGCUAUCCAGGGGCGAACAAGCUUGGACACCGAGUCAAACACAGAGAAGAUCUCUUAUUGAAAAACUGCACUCGGCUGUCCUGAAGUGGCCAGCACCAGAAUGUAAGAUGGUAGCCCUGCCAGCCUAUAGAUCUCUCAGGCCAUUUUACCCAUUGCUUGACUGCUUUGCAUUACCUGGAGUACAAAUCUGGGCCGCUUGGGCCAUUCUGCACAUCUGCUGCAAAACCCCUGCCAGAUACUGUGCCAUGUUAAUAGAAGAAAAUGGGCUACAACAUUUAUAUAAUAUCAAAGAAAAUGAUCAAAGUGAUCCAGAUCUCCAAAAUUUUACAGCUGAGAUAUUAACGUAUGUGGACACACACAUGAAAUAUUAUGGAAAACCUAAACACCUAAAGGAGUCGCAAGCCAAAUCAAAUGGAUAACAGAAGACACGUGUACUUUCAUGCUAUUGUUUUCACAAGCUAAUCUGUGGCUUUCUUAUCCUCUUGGUUAUUUGUGACCCUGAUGGCCUUUCCUGUAAGAUUCGAGGAUACUUGUAUGGUGUGGACAAUUAAAAGUUUUCCACCCAUUCAUUUCUAACUUACCUUGUGAUGGGGAAACGGGGCAUCAUCUCUAGACAAAAGUGCUCAGUAAUCCAGUAUAUAUGGCUUAAAAAGUCUGACAUUUAUAAGCCACCAGUCUUUAUAGUGGAAAUCAAUGACACUGUAAAUAGAGACUUAAAAACAACUUCAGGGAAUGUUUCAUCAUUAUCCAUGUGCGUUAACAGCUAAUUCAGCAUUGCUUAUAAUUGUGAAGAUGAAAUAAGAUUGUUUAGCUGUACUGGUUCAAAAUGAAACCAAUGUUUUUAAAUCACCACUGAUGGGGAAGACGAUGUCUUUGAAAUCACCGUGUUCCCUGCUCCCCUGGUGUCCCUUCAGCAAUGGAGCACCAGUUUGUUGAAGUGAAAUGUUGAAUUAACCUACAGGAGGUCAUUGGGACAGUCCCCAGCUUUCAUGAACUCCAUUUCUAAGUGGUGAUUAGAUACUUUCUAGAAAGGAAAUUCUGGAUGCUAGAUCCAAUACAAGGAACACUGUAACUGCAUUGUGUUGGAAGUGUAUAUACAAACUAUUUUUAUAUGGAAUCUUUUAGGCUUUUCAUAUCUAAAAUAAAAGGCAUGUCCAUUGAUGGCACUGAGA